AAUAUUGUCCGGAACAGGGGAAGAUUAUUGAUUGUCAGCGUAUAUGUUUCAUAAGAGCAGGUAAUGGCCAGGGGUACAGACAUCAGGAUAUCCCCUUCAGUUUUCCGUGUGUCCCUUGUGCCCGCAUUGUCCGACCUUCCAAACUUCACCUUCCCCGGGACCGAACUUGUCCAAUAUAAAGAGACUUCCGGGCUAACUAGUGGAUGAUCGAUCAAAAGCCAAUGAACAUUCCAUACGAAACUACCGAUCGGAACACCCACCCCCUGCUGCGGAACGAAGGAAGUUUCAUGUCGUCAGACGCGCUUCAUAACGUCCAUCCCCGUCGCUGCCCUACAUAGGCUGGUGUCCUCGAUAUCCCAAUGAAUAGCAUUAACAAUAGCAUCAUCAACCAUCCAUCAUAUCCCAGAGAACUGCAAUAGAACAGACGAGCGGCCUUGCAUUUAAAGUCCAGGUUGAAUUUCUGGAUAAGAAAUUACUGGAAUCAAUCCAGAGUAUGGUUGGUUUGCCAACCUUCCCAACUCGUGUAAACAACCCCUCAAAACAGCCCAUCAUGCCGGCCAUGAAUGUCUCGAAAGUCCAAAACCCCAUAGUCCCCUUCUACUGCUGCUAUCUCCUUCAAUCCACUAUGUCCAAUCUAUUAUACGUCGGCUCGACCCCCCAUCCCCGACGCCGUACCGACCAACACAACGGCGAAGGCGGCGCCGAAAGGACCAAGUCCGACAAAAACCGUCCCUGGGAAAUGGUCCUCCUCGUCACUGGCUUCCCCUCCAAACACGCCGCCCUCCAAUUCGAAUGGGCCUGGCAACACCCCCUCCUCACCCGCCUCCUUCCUCACCUCCCCACUCCCCCCCCUCCCCCCGGCAAACAUCCCAAACCCAAACCCCGCACCUCCUUCUCCCUCCCAUCCUACCUCCACGACCUCCGCCUCCUCCUCCACGCCCCCGCCUUCCGCCGCUGGCCCCUCGUGGUCCGGCCCCAGACCCCCCUCCUCACCACCCAAUGGGCCUCCAUCGCCCGCAAACGCCUCGGGAAGCAUCAGCAGUAUGCCUGGGAGGUGUUCGCGCGUGACAGGCGCGUGCCGACUGGCGGAGGGGCCACGGGUGCCGGAUGGGAUGUCGGCGUCGAGGUCGUGGAGAAGACGCAUCUCGUCGGGCCGAUAGACAAGUGGGAUCUCAGCCUCGCGCCGCUAGCGCCAGCGGUGGAGAAGACAACACAGCGCAUUUCAACGCCCGGGACGCGGUGCGCGGUGUGUGCGCGGGAGAUCAACGCGAAAGAUCACGAUGCGGUGGGGUGUCCGCGAGGGGAGUGCACGAUGGUGGCGUGUGUGGGGUGUUUAGGAAGGCGGUUUUUGGAGGAAGGGGAGAGGAGGGGGGAGGGGGGUGAGGUGGUGCCGCGGUGGGGGGAGUGUUUGGGGUGUGGGGAGGGGAUGGAUUGGGAAGAGGUGGUGAGGGGGUUGAGCGUGAGGAGGGGUGGGGAGACGGCGGUGAGGGGGAGGGGGAGGGGGAAGAAGUGGAAAGGGGGUGAAUCGGCGUUGGUGGGCGCGGAAUCGGUGGGUCUGGUGGAUGUCGAGGAGGACAGUGAGGACGACAUGGAAGGGAUUCAGGAAAUGCAGUCAAAUCUGGCCGCAGAGGCGAACGAUGAUGGGUUCCUGGAUAUUGAGGACUUGCAGUCCUCGCCUCUACCGCGGACCGAUACCCACACCCCACCGAAAGCAAAGCUCAAUGAUGCAAUGGUCAUCCCCGACAGCCAAGACGAAGGAUCCGACAUUUCCUGGAUGUAG